AUGAAGUUCUCUUCUGGAGUCACAGCUGCCCUACUGGGCGUUUCGUCAGUUGUCGUUGCUGCACCCACAGAGCAGCAGUCCGCCAGCAGCCUCGUCGUGGACCUCAACAGCAAGGCUUUGUCCGCACUCAAGAGCUCUGAGACAAAGCUCUCCGAAAGGUCUGGUGCAAAGAAAUGCACGACAGCCAACGCUGAAGUGCGCCGUGACUGGAAAGCACUUUCCAAGAAGGAGAGGAAGGCAUAUAUCGAUGCUGUCCUUUGCCUUCGUGAAAAGCCUUCCAAGGCUGAUCCAUCUUUCGCACCUGGUGCCCGUACCAGAUAUGAUGACUUUGUCGCGGUUCAUAUCAACCAGACUUCUAGUAUUCACGCAACAGGCAACUUUUUCACGUGGCAUCGCUAUUUCGUGUAUGCCUACGAGAAGGCUCUCCGUGACGAGUGUGGUUUCAAGGGCACGCAACCUUACUGGAACUGGUUCGAAACUGGAAAUGUCAGCACCAACCCGCUUUUUGAUGGCUCUGAGACCAGUAUGGGUGGUGAUGGCAAGUACGUCAAGCAUAACGGCACUACGUCCUCAAACCCUGCGGGAGACAUUGUCCUACCCAGCGGCAAAGGCGGUGGCUGUAUCGGCUCUGGACCCUUUGUCGGAGCUAAAGCUAACCUAGGACCCCCGAGUCCGGGAAUGGACGGUAUGACGGCGUCUAAAACUCCUCUGGGGUAUAAUCCUCGCUGUCUUCGUCGCGAUCUGAACCAGUACCCUAUCGACAACUGGAUGACGCUACCUAACCUGUAUAAUGUUACAGUUGGAGACGCUUCGAAUAGCAUUAAGGACAUGCAGAAUGAGUUCCAGGGACGUUUUGCCGAUGGGUUCCUAGGUGUACAUGCUGCUGGUCACUUUGUCAUGGGUGGCGAUUCAUCCGACUUUUACUCUUCUCCAAAUGAGCCUGUUUUCUGGCUGCACCACGCCAUGGUCGACCGUAUCUACUGGAUUUGGCAAGCUUUGCACCCUAAGCAGGCAAGGGACAUUGCUGGUACGAUCACUAUCGAAAACAGACCCCCGAGUAGAGAUGCUCUCAAGUCUGAUGCUCUCGACGUGGGAGUCAGUAUUGACUUUAUCACGAUUGAUGAUGCUCUUGAUACCCUCGGUAGCACACCUUUCUGCUAUAUUUACGAAUAA